AGGAGAGGGCAGCCCCCCGGGCGGCGGGCCUGCGCUAGCCGUGCCCCGGCGGCGGCGGAGAGAAGCCGGGCUGUGCGGCGCCCCCGCUGCCGCUUCCUCCCCGCCCGCCCUGCGCUCACCCCCUCCCCCUCGGAGCCGCUCCCUCGCCGCCUCCCUUCCCUCGGCUCCAUCCCUUCUCCCGGCUGCAUCUCCUCCCCGCUGGAUGAGGCACCCCCCUUCCCGCUGCUGACCCCCGCGGACCCCGGCUGUAGGAUGAGCCCGCAGGACUCGGAGGGGGCGAGGCCGCUCCGCUCCCCGAGGAGGAUCUAGUGGGGGGGCACCGACGCGACGCCGCCCCCCCGCCAGGCACCUUGUCCUUCAUGGUGGCUCCCUGCGACCACCAUCUCGGAGCAGACGCGCAGCCCGGGCCCCGUGUGUGUGUCUGUGCGCGCCGCCGCCGCGGCCGCCCGAGUGAGGGAAAAUGUCCACUCGGACUCCAUUGCCCACGGUGAACGAGCGCGACACCGAGAACCACACGUCCCAUGGAGACGGACGGCAGGAAGUUUCCUCCCGAACUGGGCGCUCUGGAGCUCGCUGCAGGAACUCCAUAGCCUCCUGUGCCGAUGAGCAGCCGCACAUUGGAAAUUACAGACUCCUUAAAACCAUUGGAAAGGGGAAUUUUGCAAAAGUGAAACUGGCAAGGCACAUCCUAACUGGCAGAGAGGUUGCCAUAAAAAUAAUAGACAAAACACAGCUGAACCCAACUAGCCUACAAAAGCUCUUUAGAGAAGUAAGAAUUAUGAAGAUCUUAAAUCAUCCAAAUAUAGUGAAGCUAUUUGAAGUCAUUGAAACUGAAAAAACUCUCUAUUUAAUAAUGGAAUAUGCAAGUGGGGGGGAAGUGUUUGACUAUCUGGUUGCACAUGGAAGAAUGAAGGAAAAGGAGGCUAGAGCUAAAUUUAGACAGAUAGUAUCUGCAGUGCAGUAUUGCCAUCAAAAACAUAUUGUUCAUAGAGAUCUCAAGGCUGAAAAUUUAUUGCUAGAUGCAGAUAUGAACAUUAAAAUAGCUGACUUUGGUUUUAGCAAUGAGUUUACAGUUGGAAAUAAACUGGACACCUUUUGUGGCAGCCCACCAUAUGCUGCUCCAGAGCUCUUUCAAGGGAAGAAAUAUGAUGGACCUGAAGUAGAUGUUUGGAGUUUAGGUGUUAUUCUUUAUACUCUCGUGAGUGGAUCUCUUCCCUUCGAUGGACAGAACUUAAAGGAACUUAGAGAAAGAGUGCUAAGGGGGAAAUACAGGAUUCCUUUCUACAUGUCCACAGACUGUGAAAACCUCCUCAAACGUUUCCUGGUGCUAAACCCAACAAAAAGAGGCACUCUAGAGCAAAUCAUGAAGGACAGGUGGAUCAAUGCAGGGCAUGAGGAGGAUGAACUUAAACCUUUUGUUGAACCAGAACUAGACAUCUCGGACCAGAAAAGAAUAGAUAUUAUGGUAGGAAUGGGAUAUUCUCAAGAAGAAAUUCAAGAAUCCCUUAGCAAAAUGAAGUAUGAUGAAAUAACAGCUACAUACUUACUGCUAGGAAGGAAGUCAUCAGAGUUGGAUGCAAGUGAUUCAAGCUCCAGCAGCAAUCUUUCACUUGCCAAAGUUAGGCCAAGUAGUGAUCUUAAUAAUAGCACUGGACAAUCUCCUCAUCACAAAGUUCAGAGAAGCAUAUCUUCUACCCAGAAGCAGCGGCGGUACAGUGAUCACGCUGGACCAUCCAUCCCCUCAGUAGUGGCAUAUCCCAAAAGAAGCCAGACUAGUACUACAGACAGUGACCUCAAAGAGGAAGGAAUUCAGUCAAGAAAAUCCAGCAGUAGUGCAGUUGCAGGAAGAGGAAUUGCACCAGCUAGUCCAAUGCUUGGAAAUGCCAGCAAUCCCAAUAAAGCUGAUAUUCCUGAACGUAAGAAAAGUUCGGCUGUUCCUAGUAAUAAUACUACCCCUGGAGCAAUGACACGGCGCAACACAUAUGUUUGUAGUGAAAGAACCACUGCUGAUAGGCAUUCAGUGAUACAAAAUGGCAAGGAGAACAGCACUAUUCCUGAUCAAAGAACUCCCGUUGCUUCAACUCACAGCAUUAGCAGUGCAACCACACCUGAUCGUAUUCGUUUCCCCAGAGGAACGGCCAGUCGGAGCACAUUCCAUGGCCAGCUCCGAGAGCGACGCACCGCGACCUACAACGGGCCACCUGCCUCCCCCAGUCUGUCCCAUGAGGCAACACCACUCUCACAGACUCGAACCAGGGGCUCCACUAAUCUAUUUAGUAAACUAACUUCAAAACUAACAAGAAGCCGCAAUGUAGCUGUGGAUCAGAAGGAUGAGAACAAGGAAGCCAAGCCUCGGUCGCUGCGUUUUACCUGGAGCAUGAAAACCACCAGCUCCAUGGAUCCCAAUGACAUGAUGAGGGAAAUACGAAAGGUCCUGGAUGCCAAUAAUUGUGACUAUGAACAAAGAGAGCGUUUCUUGCUUUUCUGUGUCCAUGGAGAUGGGCAUGCGGAAAACCUUGUACAGUGGGAGAUGGAGGUGUGUAAACUGCCAAGACUGUCCCUGAACGGAGUUCGCUUUAAGCGGAUAUCGGGAACAUCCAUAGCUUUCAAAAACAUUGCUUCCAAAAUUGCCAAUGAAUUAAAGCUGUAACAAGAAAAAUAGUUAAGUUGUAAAUUAGUUAGCAAUUCCAAGUGUUUUUGAGAAUUCCGAUGGAAAUGUAUAGAAUAACAUUUAGGCAAUAACUUCUGCAUCCUUCUGAAUAGUGAUAUUAAAAAAAAAAGCUGCUGAGCUGGGAGGGAGAGUUGGACUUUUUUAUAAGUGCACUACAGCAUUAAAGUUGCCUACUAUGUAAAAUAUUACCCCUUCUGCUUUAUUUCCAUUGCUCUUUGACAACAAAUUGAAACACAGAAUAUAUUCAUUUAAAUAUGCCUCCUGUUUGUGUGGAUGUGUGAAUGUACAGUAUGUGUGUAAUAUAUAAAGUAUUCUAUGUAAACAAUUCAUUUACAACAUCGAGCUGUACCAGUACCUCUUUUUGGGCUAAUUUUGGUGCUAAAAAUUGAAAUGGCCAAGGAGGAAACACUUGAGUUAAUAUUUAAAAUGACUGAAGCGAUAACCAGUAAAUGCAGGUUUACAGUUCACUGCUGUGUUAAGAAAAAAAAAAGUGUGUGAAGGGUUUGGAUUUACGGUUGUGAACAUGAUUAGUCCUGUUUUCUAAGUAGAUCUCAUGAGAUUAUUAAAAAUUCACUUUUACUGAGUAAGUCUUGCAUUAUAUUUUGCCCACCUAUUUAUUAUUUAAGUCUGAAUCAAAUUUUAAUAAUGUAGUUAAUUCGUGCAUUAAUAUUUGGGUAAACACUUCCAUUCUUCUGCUUCUGCUAAACUACUAAAAUUGUACCUUUGUCCUUUUGGCUUAUGGGUAUUGAUCGCAGCUAAGAACACUUCUCUGUUGUUCCACCGUUCCCUUAGGGAAUGGGGCAGUCUAAAAGGAGGUGCUAAUUGCUGACUAGUUACUUUCUUUCAGAGCAAGUUUUCCAGGUUAGACUAGGUCAGACUGACACAAAGCACAAAGGGACUCUCAAAUUAAGGCCGUACUUCACUGCAAGCUGCCACAUCCCAGUCGGUGCCGCUCUGAGGUCUCGCUGCAGGUAGGGCAGUGCUGUCCCUUCGUCCUGGGCACACACAGCAUUGAAACCCAAAAGUGGGAAUCAAAUUGGUUACUGAUCUCCUGUGUUGUAAUGUCCCAACUUGCUGAACUACAGCCAUAGGCAGUAGCAGUUAAAACUUCUCCUUGCAGCUCCCUUCCAGCGUGCUUCCCCUUGGCUCCGGUUGUAUUGCUUUUGAUGGCUCUGUGCCAGUUGUGUCUCUGGCUCCUGCUGCCGAGAGAAUCCUCUGUCCUCUGUUAACGUGCAGUGUGUGGAGACCCACCCUUGAUGAACCCUCUGAUGGCCAACUAGCUUUCGGUAGGACGUGAAGCUGCUCUGGGAUAGUCCCCACUAUUUAACCAUCUCUGCAGUGAGCCGGAUCUGAGUUUGCUGACUAGAAUGAAGAGAUUUCUUCAUGCACUGAUUCCUACUGAUAACUCAGUUUAUUUCAUCGAGGACUUGUGUAGAUAAUAUCCUGCAUUAUCUACUUGACUUUUUGUAUUAAUGUUUUGUGGUUAUAUUUCAGUGAAGCACUUAAGCAUGUACUUAACAUGUGCUUUAAACUGGAGCCUAAAUUUGCAUUUUAAAUUUGCAGUGAGCUAAUAGUUACUCAUAGUACACAGUUCAGAUUUGACCCCAGGUGAAAAUGCAAAGUCCUUAAUAUUUUGCAAGUUAGUUCUUGUGAUCUGUAGUCUGUGAAGGCAGCAGACUUCCCCUCUCUUUCCCCUUAAGCAUUGAUAUUGAUUAUGCUAGUUUAAAGGGUAAUCAUAGUUGUUAAAUGUAGUAAAUAUUCCUGAAUUUACAUUUUAUUCUCUAUAUAUUCUGUAUCAUGCCAUGGCUUGAGAACUCCAGGUGCUACCGGAGUUCAGUUGGCUUUCAGUGCUCUGCCCGUGCCUGUGCUGCUCAGUAUGGUUUUUUCCAUGAAAACUCCAUUUUGUAAUAGCAAUAAGACAUUUCAGGGCAGUCAUUGUACUUUCUCAGGUGAAUGGUCACCUAUCCUUUCACUUCCUACAUUUUAAGCACUCCUCCAAAUGUAUUUUUUUCACCCGGCAGUGCACUUUGUUGUCUGAACUGAAAAAGUGUUCUGAUAAAUGAUGUAAAUCUGUAUUCAAUGGAAGUUCCAAAAGGUUUCAUAUUAAAUGUUUUCUGAACUACUCUC